CCGCCGCCGCCGCCGUCGCCGCCGCCCCGUCUGACGCACGUCGCCGCGUACGUAGCCCGUCGCUUCCCAAGAUGGCGCAGGUGCUGAGGGCAGCUGUGGCGGCGGCGUGCGCAGGAGGGCUGCUCUCCCGGCUUCAGGCCCCUCCCGCCUCCCAGGCCUCCCGGGGUGUGGCGGGGGCCGUGUGGGCCCUGGGGCGACUCAACCACGUGGCCAUCGCCGUGCCGGACCUGGAGAAGGCCCGGGCCUUCUACCGGGACGUCCUGGGCGCCCGGGUGAGCCAGGUCUCCCCCCUCCCCGAGCACGGAGUGUCCGUCGUGUUCGUCGACCUGGGCAACACCAAGAUGGAGCUGCUCCACCCGCUGGGGAGUGACAGUCCGAUCGCGGGAUUUCUGCAGAAGAACAAAGCCGGCGGGAUGCACCACGUCUGCAUCGAGGUGGACGACAUAAAGGCGGCCGUGAGGGACCUGAAGGACAAGAAGAUCCGCAGCCUAAGUGACGAGGCCAAGAUCGGGGCGCACGGGAAGCCCGUCAUCUUCCUGCACCCCAAGGACUGCGGGGGCGUGCUGGUGGAGCUGGAGCAGGCCUGAUGCGAGUAAGAGGCUGCGCCAUGCCCUCGGAGGGCCCUUGGGCUUGGAAUCCCUCACUCCUUCCGUCCCUUCAAAGCCAAAACCCAAAUUACAGGAGGAGAUUCAAAAAAUACAUGUGUGUGUGCACACUAGUAUACACGGUGUGUGUCCCCCAAAAACGUAUACGCCCUGUGAAUACUUACGGAUUCCAGUGGGUUAAAUCUGAAAAGAGAGACACAUCAACUGAGCUAUCAGCUAAGUGCAUAUACGUUUUUUUGGGGGGACACACACACUGUGUGUGUGUGUGUGUGUGUGUGUGUGUGUGUUAAUCACUUUGGGCUUUAUUUGGGGAAAAUGUUGAUUAAAAUUA